CCGUGUCCCGCCCCGGGCGCGGGGCAGGGGCGGCGGUGUGAGGGGCAGCGCGCGGGGCGGCGGCCGGAGCGGGGCGAGCCGCUGGCGGGACCAACUCAUGAAGAACAAGGGAGCGAAGCCGAAGCCGAAGAGGAAGGGAGCCGCGGGCGCCUUCGGCUGUGACCUGACGGAGCACCUGGAGAGCUCGGGGCAGGAUGUCCCUUACGUGCUGAGGAGCUGUGCCGAGUUCAUUGAGACCCAUGGCAUUGUGGAUGGAAUCUACCGGCUCUCUGGAGUGACAUCCAACAUACAGAAGCUGAGGCAGGAGUUUGGCUCUGAUCAAUGUCCAGACCUGACAAGGGAAGUUUACCUUCAGGACAUUCACUGUGUGGGGUCACUCUGCAAGCUGUAUUUCAGGGAGCUGCCAAACCCGCUCCUCACUUAUGAGCUCUACAAGAAAUUUACGGAGGCAAUAUCUCGCUGCCCAGAGGAGGAGCAAUUGGCCCGAAUUCAAAAUGUCAUCCAGGAACUUCCACCAUCACAUUACAGGACUCUGGAAUACCUGAUCAAGCAUCUGACUCACCUGGCCUCCUUCAGCAACAUGACCAACAUGCACACCAGGAACCUGGCCCUAGUGUGGGCACCUAAUCUCCUCAGGUCGAAGGAGAUCGAGGCUGUUGGCUGCAACGGAGAUGCAGCUUUUCUGGAGGUGCGAGUCCAACAGUUGGUGAUUGAGUUUAUCUUGAAUCAUGUGGAUCAAAUCUUCAGCAACAAUAUAACAACCAGCUCCAUGGAGAAUGAUGAGAAUAUGCCUAUUGUGAAGAGUCUGACCCUGCCCUCUGCCUCCCUGCCUAUGAAACUGGUGAGUCUGGAAGAAGCUCAGGCACGGAGUCUGUCAGCCUCCCACCCUGCCCGGAAAGAGAGGAGAGAGAACAGCUUGCCUGAAAUUGUCCCAGUCACCGGAUCCCUCUUCCACACUGUCGUUGACCUACCCGACAGCAAGAGAAAAUUAUCCACCAAAUCCAAGAAAUGGAAGUCAAUAUUUAACCUGGGCCGGUCUGGAUCAGAUUCAAAAUCAAAACUGAGUCGAAAUGGGAGUGUGUUUGUGAGAGGGCAGAAACUCUCUGAAAAAGCAACUAUUCGACCAGCUAAAAGCAUGGACUCGCUGUGCUCCCUGCCUGUAGAAGGGGAGGAUGAGAAAGGCCGGUUCAAACGCACAGUCACUGCUGGAGGGUUUUUCAUCCCGGUGAUGAAAACGCGGACAGGAGGCACAAGCAGCUCAGGUGACCUCAGCAAGGAGAGUGAAUGGGACCGUGAGGGGGCUCCAGUGGGGGCCGAGGGAGGCUCAGAGCUCAGCGGGGAUAAAGCUGGCCCCAGGGCCCCCGAGGCGAGGCCACCCCCAGAGCAGUUGAAGGUGUUCCGGGCCAUGGAGGAUGCUGAAAGCGAGCAGACCUCCCCAAAGACGUGCCGCAUGUUCUACACCUCCGACACAGCCUCCAAAUCAGGCUUCCCCAGCAGCCUCUUCCCUCUGGAAGCCUCCCCCCGGCACCAGCGGAAAGCCCUGAACAUCUCAGAGCCCUUCGCCGUUUCCGUGCCCCUUCGGGUGUCCGCAGUCAUCAGCACCAACAGCACCCCAUGCCGCGUGCCUGCCAAGGACAAGCCUGCCCUCUCCAGCCUGGAGGAAUCAUCUGCUCUGGGGCCAGGCAGCGCUGCUCCCACAGAGCCAGAAGCGAAUGGCCAGCCCAGGACUGAGCAGGCCACAGACAGGGAGGAGAAGCAGCCCAGGGCUGAGUCUGCAUCAGGUAAAACUUAUAGAGGUCCUACCACCGAGCAACUGAUGGCAGCCAAGGAGCCUGAGUCCUCGGAAACCUCAAAGCCAACAACAGAAAACCAGGAGCUGCUAGGCAGUGGCAGCAGCACCAGUGGAAGACAAGCCCCAGAGCAGAGCCCUGGCUUGAAACAGACACCAGCACCCGAGGGCCCGGCAGGCCUGCACUUGGCAGGUGAGAUCGAGCAAGGCCAGCUCAGGACGCAGGAAAACCCCUCAGAGAGAGGCAGCCGGCAGGAGGCGACACCAAGGGUUAAAGCAGAGGAGGCCUUGUUCCCGAGAGAGCUGGCUGAAGAUGACGCUGCCAAUGCCCUGAUGGAACCUCUGUGGCCGGAGAUUCAACAGGAACUCAAAAUUAUUGAAUCUGAAGAGGAGCUCUCAUUCUUGCCUACAGAUGUCCCCAAGACAGGCCCACACCAGGAAAUAAUGCACUCAGCACUAGCUUCUGCAUCCUCUGCAUCACCACAAACGGACAACUUCUCUUCUGGUUCUGUGCUUGCCCUGACACUGGCUGAACAGGAAACUCCAGCCAGAACCCCACAGGUCACAUCUCAGUUGCCUUUAUUUGGUGUCACCUCCAAAGAAAGUUUGAAGGAGCCUGGCGGCCUCCAGGAUGGUAAACCUAAAGUGGUAGCACAGCAUGACUGCUCUCCUAACAUACCCGAACUGGGUACUGUCCUGUCUGGGACAGCUUCUCCAAAGAAUCAUCUAAUGGUGGAGAAUGUCAGCAGUGAUCUUCCACCUCCCCACCAAGACCAGAAGCUUUAUGAUGAGCAGCAGCUCAUUGAGCGUCCUUUAAAAGAAGGUGUCUCAAAUCCCAAAAGGAUGCGUCCAGACCAAGCCAAGGAGAAAGGCAACACUGGCCUGCUGCAUAGUGAAAAGGAUGGCAUUGCUGUAGGCCAGGAUGGAGUUCUGACCCAGAGGGAGAAACCUGAUAGAGUGACUGUAGGAGGUGGCCUGAUCUCAUCAAAGAGGGCAAGUGGAGCUGGAGCCGAGAAGCCCAAAGAGGGCGGCAUGGCCAGCAAAGCCCAGGACUCUUUCGACCAUGAAGAGGAGGAUGCAUGGACAGACAAUGUCCAGGGCUUUGAGCUGGUAGAGCCAUGGGAGGAUCACCAGUGGGUCACCAGCCCUCUCCAUUCCCCUACCUUCAAGAACCUCCAGGAAAAGGCAAUGCAGGACUUCCAGUCACAGAGCUACGGAGUGGAAAGGGGCCUUUCUGCUCGGCCACGUUUCAGUCGCAGUCUUUCUCUGGAUAGCAAAGACAUGGUGCUGAGUGUGUGGGCUAUACAACCAUCUUUCACAAGUGCAGCUGAAGAGCUCCCACGAGGCUGCACUAGAUUGGGGACCAAGGACCUGUUAGAAACACUGCCAACCUCACCACCCAGGCUGAGCCACGUCGAGCGAGCCGAGACCUCUCAGAGUCCUCGAGAGGACUCUUUAGAGCCUGAGGGAUCAAGUGAUGCCCUGAGCAGCGAGGCAGAGCCUGCAGCAGGGAGUCUGCUAGCCAGGCAUGAGGAACUACGCGCUGCUUCUCUUUCGGAGCCAGGGGAGAAGGAAGUGGAUGGCAGCAAAGAAAACCCUCAGGACUUGACACCUGAGUUGCCUUUUCCACACUGUAAUACCCCAGACAGUUUCUUGCAGGCAAAGAAAAUAGAUGAAGAUCCACCCAGGCCUCAGGACGCUGCUCCCACUGGAAUGGCUGUCACCAAAGGGCUGUGUUCUACCAGUGAGUCACAGCUGAGUAACAACAAAAGUGAAGACACUCCCCGUAAAGUGAGAACCAGGCCAUCAUCUCUCAACUUGGAUUCACUCCUCCCUGCCCCUGAUUUCUUCAAGUUUGAGAGCCUGGCGGUGCCCACUUCACCUGGAAACCUCCUAUGUGUGCAGAAGGAAGGGAAGAGCAGUGAUUCUGUCCUGUCACUGCCUGCUGCCUGCCCUGCCGGGAACACAGGUGACCCCUGGGGAUCUCGCUUCGAUCCCCGGGAGCUAGACCUGGAUUACAUGGCAGUGGCCCAUGCUGCCACCGGCCGUCGUAACUCUGCCCCUGUGAGCGUGUCAGCGGUGAGGACCUCCUUCAUGAUUAAGAUGUGCCAGGCCAGAGCUGUGCCAGUGAUACCACCCAAGAUCCAGUACACACAGGUCCCACAGCCACUACAGACUCAGAACGUCGACCCUGACAUCCCUGCAUCGCUGGGGAGGAAGGAAACAGAAGCCCACUCAGGCAGCAGGCAGACCCCCCGAGCAGCUCGGGGACAGCUGGAGCCCCCAAAGAGCCCUCGGGUAGAGAAGAAAGCCAAAGAGGAGAAAGAAAACAGUGACCCCACUCAAAUGGAUUCAACAUCUUCUAGGCACGGCAGCCUCAACCCUCUCCCAGAUCUCUCCCUCUCCAGUUGUAAUUCCACCCAGGAGGUGCCCGUGUUGCGCCGAAAGCGCACUUCAGAGGGGGAGACCGCAGGAGACAACCCACAAUUCUCAAAAAUGGAGAGGCCAUCGGGGUUUUCCAAGCCUUCCUACAGAUCCAGACCAGGAAGGCCCCAGAGCCUUAUCCUCUUCAGCCCACCCUUCCCCAUCAUGGACCAUCCAUCUUCCUCAGCAGACUCCAGAGUGUUGUUAUCACCCAUAAGAAGCCCCUCUCAGAGCAACUCUCCAAACCCUAUUUGUGGCGAUCUGUCUGGGAACCUGCAGACAACGCCUGAGGGGGUCACUCUGCGGAACAAAAUGACCAUCCCCAAAAAUGGGCAGAGACUGGAGACCUCCACCAGCUGCUUUUAUCAGCCCCAGAGGAGGUCAGUGAUUCUCGACGGGAGAAGCGGGAGGCAGAUAGAAUAAUGCCAGCUCGCCUAACCCCUCUUCCCUGGUGGAUGAGAUGGGAGUGCCCACCUUGAGACCAACUGUGCUAUUGUUGUUGUUGUUGUUAUGAUUAUAAAUAUUGUAUGCAAAAAGGACACAAAUCCUUUAUUUCCUCCUGCAGAGCAUUUUGCUCCUGAGGUUCUCAUUCUCUUUAUCUCCCUUCCUCCUUUUCGGGCAACCCCACAUUAUCUGCUCUUUGGAAAAAAAAUUCCCAAGGAAGUUUGUUUUCUUCAGUCUUGUUUUCUAACACACCCUGUGAAAGUCUCACCCUUUGUCUGAAAAAAACAUGGCAUGGUCCAAUGGACAUGGGUGCACUGUAUGUGAAGGAGGUAAGACCAGACGGGUACAUUUUUCUCCCUUGCACCCCCUGGUGAUGAUGCAGGAUCUUCUGUCCAGCCAUCCCUGCUGUACUGCUCUGCGUAGCAUAAGCAAACUGCAGAGGAGAACGGUGAUAGCUGAAGGUGGGAAAGUAAAGCUGACCUGUAAAGAUCACACUGAGUGCGUUAACCUAAAGAGCUUCCAAUGGCAAACACUCUGUCUUGAAGGCAUUGCCUAUAGCUGUUCUUUUGUAACACAGACAUGGUGUCCCUGAAUGUGCAAUGUCUGGAAUGAAGGUGGCUGAACAAGAUAAGCCCAGCUUCCCUUUCAACUUAGUGAUUCCCACUUGCCUGGCUGUCUUGCAGUCAGUCCCUCCUUAUUUGUUGGGGGUUGGCUUGUAGCUGGCACUCUGGUUCCAGGUUGUUAGACAUCACUCUGGCUUAUUUUAGUGGAAGAAAGGUUCUGGCCAAACAAAGACCAAGAGUAUCAGUUUUCACCAUCGCCUAGGGCUUAAUGACCUGUCCACAGCAUCCCCCAAUCGUUUUUCCCACCUGCAGUGGCACAAUGGGAUCCGAGCAGCUAGACAAGAUCAUGAGAAUCCUUUGAUCAGCACAUCCUUGGCCCCCCUCCUGGUUUGCAUGUUCCCAGCCACUGGUCUCUUGCUAAUUUUGCACUUCAGAUUCCUGAGAUUUGAGGCCAGGUCACUGAGAGCCUGGCUGACUUUUACCUCCCCGGCCGUUGGUGCCUUCAGAUUGAUUAGGAGGAACAUUAUAGAGAGGAUGAUUUGUUGGUGCACAGGAAUGGAGGAGCAACAUGCAUGUUAUCCCAGGAGGGAAUUCUGUUGGAAUUAAACUGUAUGCCGAGGGGCUGUUAUCAUUACUGUCAAUACGUGGUCAUACAGGGACAGCUGCCAUAGGAAUGGAAUUAAGGCUUCCGCUACAAAGUCUUUGACUUAGGGUUAAUCGCAGGCUCGUCUGUCAGCUGGUGUGUGACCAGAGGCAAGUGCUUGGCCUUGUACUAUCCUCGGUGUCUCUGCAGUUAAAAUGUCACUUGUGACCCUACAGCAGAUAGAGACAUCAGUACUGAUACAAUCCUAGUAACGGUGUCCAUGAGGGCCAUUCUUAGCCAGUCUUAGAGCUCAUAGUCCCUCUGCGAGCUAGCAUGGGCUGUGGCAGGAAUAGUAACUGAGCAGCUGGAAGGGCAGGCCUAUGAAUCCCAUGGCCAAUGGCAAUCAGGAGAUGCUCCCAUCCAAAGUUAUAAAUUCAUUAACAUCUGUUAGUUGUCUGUGUUUAGAUCUUUAUUUGAAGGCACCUGAAUUCUUGGUGUCUCAGGUGAAAUGUCUGCUGGUUUGCAAACCUAGCCAAUGUUGACCAUUCGGUCUGGGUGGAGAGUAAACUCCCAUGUCAUUGGUCUGGUUGGGACUAGAGGUGUAUAGGCUCCAAGAACCCAAGGAUGAUUCCCCACCACUUGGCAUCCAAUUUUCUUAUUUACUCUUGUGCAAAGCGAGGACAAAUUACUGAGUCAGAAUGCUCUGCCCUUCAACAUCAUCUUACCAUUUGACCCCUGCUUUGUCCGGACGUAAAAGACCACACAAGAAGCAAGGUGGUGGAGAAUCAAACUCAUGUGGGUUCAUAAACUCAGGUGGGAUAGUAGUCUGGAAAGAACCUGUAAUCCUCACCCAGAUUCAUGCUUUCCCAUAGAUUUCAGCAGGGGUUUUACUUGAGUAAGCACUGUGGGAGCUGGGCCUGAGCAUGCAGCCCCUCAGCAGUGAUCUCCUCCUGGCCCCUGCCUACACAAAACCCUCAGCAGCCCCCCACUAAAAGAGGGGCAUAGCUAGUCCUCCAGCUUUCAUUUAAUGUGAUACAGCAUGGAGCUGCAGUUCCACGAAUGCCAAGUGCCCUUGUGUAGCUCCUCUGGGUGGAGGCUUAACCAUCGCCACGGGAAAUUGUUAAAGUAGGUUAGCUGCAAUAUUUAGGGGUUUAUUACACAAUUCUGCAAAUGGUAAUGUGACUGGAAAGGGUUCCCGGGUUUUUCAGUUUCAGGGAAUGCAUUUAUUUUGGGUGGUGAUUUACACCUUCUCCCCGACCUUGUAGGAACCCAACCAUUGCGGCAUUGUGCCGGUAACUGGGAACUGGAAUGUGAAAGUAGAAAUAGACCAGGCUAGGUUCACAAAGUGUACUGUCCAAAAAAAACAACAACAAAAAAAACGAAAAUCUGACUCCUUAAAUUCUUUCAUUUAAUCAAACCUGUUACUGAAACGGAGGCAGAGUCACUCUAUAGAAAUAUAGAAUUUUAAUCUUGACAGUGUCCCUUCAAGAAAUAAGUCUCUGGGUUAAGUGGGAAAACCCUUCAAGAGAAGAUCACUUUAUUAGGAAAUGCUACUUAACACUACCAAAGCCUGGACCCAAACACCACAGCCCUUUGAGGGUCUUCAAAAUUUGAGCCAGCUCCCAGAUCUGGAUUUUACAAAUGAGCACUCUUUUGAUAAUGGGCAAAACCUUGGACAUGAACAUCCCCAAAUCUUGUGGUGUUUGAAAUCUUAUCCGAAUUUUGCAGCUUGAUCCCAUUUCUCCUUGAAAACUAACUGGCUUCAGCUGAUGCAUAAAGUACUAAGGUAGGCCCCAGAGAGGGACAGCUCUGUGGCGAGCUAGGUAAGGUCUAGCACAGGGAUCUCAAACUCAAAUCACCAUGAGGGCCACAUGAGGACUAGUACAUUGGCCCAAGGGCUACAUCACUGACACUCCCCGCCCCGCUGCCCCUGGCCUGCCCCCACUCCACCCCUUCCAUGAGGCCUCGCCCCUGCCCCGCCUCUUCCCACCCCUUCCCCAAAGUCCCCAACUCUGCCCCAUUCCAACCCCUUCUCCAAAUCCCCGCCCCUGCCCCACCUCUUCUCUGCCUCCUCCCCUGAGCAUGUGGCUCCCCGCUCCUCCCCCUCCCUCUUGGAAAGUGCUAAGCACUGCCAAACAGCUGUUUGGCGGCAGGAAGUGCCUGGAGGUAGGCAGAGGAGCGGGGCCAUGGUGCGCUGGGGGGAGAGGAGCUUGGCGGUCUGCAGGAAAUAACUCCGGGGGAGGGGCAGGGAGCUUGGUGGGCCACAGGAAAUAACCCCGCGGGCCGUGUGUUUGAUACCCCUGGUCUAACAGAAACACUCCUAGACUUAUGGAAUCAUAGGAUUAUAGGACUGGAAGGGACCUCAAGAGGUCAUCUACUCCAGUCCCCUGUAUUCAUGGCAGGACUAAAUAUUAUCUAGACCAUCCCUGAUGGUGUUUGCCUUACCUGCUCUUAAAAAUCUCCAGUGAUGGAAAUUCCACAACCUCCCUGGACAAUUUAUUCCAGUGCUUUAACUACCCUGACAGGAAAUUUUUUUGCUAAUGUCCAACCUAAACCACCCUUGCUGCAAUUUAAGCCCAUUGCUUCUUGUCCUAUCCUCAGAGGUUAAGAAGAACAAUUCUUUUCCCUCCUCCUUGUAACAACCUUUUAUGUACUUGAAAACUGUUAUCAUGUCCCCUUCUCAGUCUUCUCUUUUCCAGACUAAACAAACCCAUUUUUUUCGAUCUUCCUUCAUAGGUCAUGUUUUCUAGACUUUUAAUCAUUUUUGUUGCUCUUAUCUGGACUUUCUGUGAUUUGUCCACAUCUUUCCUGAAAUGUGGCACCCAAAACUGGACACAAUAUUCCAGUUGAGGCCUUAUCAGUGUGGAGGAGAGUGGAAGAAUUACUUCUCGUAUCUUGCUUACAACAUUCUCGUUAACACAUCCCAGAAUGAUGUUCGCUUUUUUUGCAACAGUGUUACACUGUUGACUCAUAUUUAGCUUGUGAUCCACAAUGAUCCCCAGAUCCCUUUCCUCAGUACUCCUUCCUAGGCAGUCAUUUCCCAUUUUGUAUGUGUGCAAGUGAUUGUUCCUUCCUAAGUGGAGUACUUUGCAUUUGUCCUUAUUGAAUUUCAUCCUAUUUACUUCAGACCAUUUCUCCAGUUUGUCCAGAUCAUAUCCUCCAAAGCACUUGCAACUCCUCCCAACUCGAUAAGCAUACUCUCUAUGCCAUUAUCUAAAUAAUUGAUGUAGGUAUUGAACAGAACCAGACCCAGAAUUGAUCCCUGUGGGACCCCACUCAUGCCCUUCCAGCUUGACUGUGAACCACUGAUAACUACUGUCUGGAAACGGUUUUCCAACCAGUUAUUCACACACCUUAUAGUAGCCCCAUCUAAGUUGUAUUUCCCUAGUUUGUUUUAUGAGAAGGUCAUGUGAGACAGUAUCAAAAGCCUUACUAAAGUCAAGAUAUACGUCUACUGCUUCCCCCUAUCCACAAGGCUUGUUACCGUGUCAAAGAAAGCUAUCAGGUUGGUUUGACAUGAUUUCUUCUUUACAAAUCCAUGAUGACUGUUGCUUAUCACCUUAUUAUCUUGUAGCUGUUUGCAAAUUGAUUGCUUAAUUAUUUUCUCCAGAGAGCAAUCAGAGAUGGACCUGUGCCACAAAGUUUGGAUCAGGAAAUCAAGUUCUGCGGAGUUGGGAGGAUUUAGAUUAAAUUAUCCAUGUCAGCUGAUUGUAGAGCUGGGCCCAAGUCACCAAGUUCAGCUCUGGAAACAAACUUUCCCAGAAUUCAUAGGGCUUGGAACUGGGAAUCUGUUUCAGACCAGUUGCUACUAGCUUAGAGAAAAGGUCCAAGCUAUGCUGUAGGGUCUUGGUGCAGUUGGUAGAACCAUAUGUGCAAUAGAGAACUGCACCAUUGCAACUUGCACCAGUGCAGCUGAACCAGAGUAAGUUGUAAUAGUGUAGCACAUUCACAUUAGCCAUCCCAUUUUUGGGUGCACUUCUGCCCCAUGUCCAUGUGCAGCAUACCCUGCACCCAUUGGAGUAGCAUUUAUGGGAGACAGGUUCAUCCCACAAUAUAGGAUCUUCCUAAGUGUAGGGGAGGUAUCUGUUGCCUGGUUUUAUUAGCAUGGAAAUGCUUUUCCUAACUAGAUCACAAGGCUACAGUUCCUCCCCCACUCCCAUCCUGUGAAGAGUGUGAGGGCCUCUCUUUUAGGGUUUUCAGGUGGCCUCUUAUGCCCUCAGGCCUAAUUCUGACAUUGUAUAUCACACUUCUGUUAAUUUAUGAGAUCUAGAAGAGGGGACAAGGAAUACCCAGAUGGGUCAAUUCCCGUUCUAUACAGUACAAGGAGGGGAUGCAUGCAGCUCCCAUUAAUUGCAGGGUGUUGGUGGGUAUGGGGGGUCACCUGGCUGGAUGGGAGGGGUGUUGGAUGGUGGGGGUCACCUGCAUCAAGGGGAGGUGGAAGUGGGAUUCACCUAGCUGGAUAGGUAGUAUGGUAUGGGGGUCACUUGGCUGAAUGGAUGUAGGGACCACCCAGCUGGAUGGGAGGGGUGUUGGAUGUUGGG